CAGAGCAAGGGAUAGGUACAUGUGUGGGCGUCUGUCACAAUGAACAUCGCCUUGGUGUCUGUCCUGCUGUUGGUGGCUGUUGCAGCUAGCCACGUCUCUGCUGCGGACAGGUGUUCCUACCUACAGUACUACCUGGAGGUGUACAAGACUCGAUGUGGCUGGCGCGGCUGGGGCAGGUGUUGGAGAUACAGAUACAAGACGGAGAUACGCUACAAAGACUGCACACAUGGACAGUGGUCACCCUGGUCUGCCAUAAGUGAGACCCAGUGCUCGGAGACGUGUGGAGGGGGUGAGAAGGAGAUUACCAUGGACCGCACCUGCACCGCACCUGCCCCAAGCAAUGGGGGACACAAGUGUGCCGGGGGCUGCCGUAAAGUAGACGUCGUCGCAUGUAACGAGCAGCCUUGCCCUAUUGACGGUGGGUGGUCCGAGUGGGGAGCCUGGAAGGGUGGAGACUGUUCGGCCUUGUGUGGAGGGGGGACCAUCAACCAGCACCGGAAGAGGUCCUGCAACAAACCAGUGCCUCAGUUUGGUGGCGCCGACUGCUCUGGUGUCGACAAGGAGAACGGAACGAAUACUUGUAACACAGACGCAUGCGGCGAUCGAUGUCCCGCUGGUGAAAUAAAGUACCACCCUCACGCUACCGACGGUACACGCUUCUACCAAUGCGCUCACGGAGUUGCCGUUCGUAGGUCAUGCGGGCCUGGCACCAUUUACGACGCCAGCAUCAACGUCUGCAGCUUCACCGCGACUCAGGCGCCCGUCCCUCCUGUCAACAGCUGUGACCCCUCCCUGGGGAUGUUUCAGCGCCACCCCCGGGACUGCUCCCGCUUCCUGAUUUGUGUGGAGGGAGGCCGCGUGUAUGAGCAGAAUUGUCCAUCUGACAUGAAGUGGAACAACGACAUCCAAACCUGCGACUACGCUCACAACGUCGACUGCUAGGAUGAUCGUCACACGACCCCAUGCACCCACGACUCAACCGUCAAACCGAUUUCGUUCGAGAAUCUUUCAUGCAAAGAACUAAUCGCUUUUGUUCAAUAUAGUCAUAAAUAAAUAUUCAAAAUAAUAUAAAUUGUUAUUCGGGAGUGUGGUUCUUCUAUAUCUGAUAUCAAUAAAGCACUAACAAAA